AUGGGGUUAAAAUGUGUGAUGAUGUGGCUAAUGUUGAUUUUGAUGUUUAUUUCUUUACAAGGAUGGAGGAUUGAGGGGUGUUUGAAGCAAGAGAGAUCUGCUCUCUUUCAACUUAAACAUUUCUUCAAUGAUCCUACUCAUCUUCCAAAUUGGUUUGAGGGAAAUGGAAAUUCAAACUGUUGUGAUUGGGAAAGUGUUAUUUGCAAUAACACAACGGGUAGAGUGAUAUCUCUUGAUCUUGAAUCUACAAGAAAUCAAGAAUUAGGAGAGUGGUAUCUAAAUGUUUCUUUGUUUUCUCCAUUCCAAGAACUAGAGACACUUUGCUUAAGUGACAAUCUCAUAGUCGGUUGCGUUGAGAAUGAAGGUUUUGAAAGAUUAUCACACUUGACUAAUCUCGUGGAUCUCGACCUUAGCGACAAUAUGUUCAAUGGCAGCCACGUUUUAUCAGGUUUGAGCCAACAUUCAUCUCUCAAGAAUUUAAGUCUAGAUUAUAAUCAGUUUAGAGAACUGAACCAUUUUAAUGUUUCAAGGUUGAGUAACUUGGAGUCUCUGAGCUUAAGCGGUAACAUGUUCAACAAUAGCAUAUUAUCAUAUGUGUCUACUCUCUCAUCAUUAAAGGUACUAGAUCUGAAUAACGUCGGAUUAAAAGGCAUUGUUGAUCUUCAAGUUUACUCAGUCCAAACAUCUUCUUCAUUUUCUCAUGGUUUUAGCUGA